AUGGCCAUGGCUUCAAUCCCUCACCCACUCUGCCCUCUAACUGGUGCUGAGAUUCAGUAUGCGGCCAAAUUGAUCCAAGGCGCUUGGCCGUCAUCAGUACCCCUCCAGUUCAAGGCAAUCACCUUGAAUGAGCCUGCCAAGCAGGAAUUAAUUCCUUACUUGGAGGCCAAAGAGAAGGGAUUACAUCCCUCAUCGCCCGAUCGCCGAGUAUUCGCUGCAUACUACAUCCGAAAAACGGAACUCUUUCAUGAAGCCAUUGUCAACCUUACUACCGGAAAGGUUGAAAGCAAUGUCAAGCUUGGUGAGCACAUUCACGGCAACGUUGAUUACGACGAGGCCCAAAAGGUGGAGAAGAUUGCGCUUGAGGACCCUAAGGUCCUCGCUGAGAUCAAGAAGCUUGAGCUGCCAGAAGGCACUGUCGUCUGCGCGGACCCUUGGAUCUAUGGAACUGAUGGAAUCGGCGAUGACCAGCGCUUGUACCAGGUGUUUCUCUACAUGAGAGACCCAAACAACUCUUCCGAGGCUGACUCCAAUCACUAUGCCUUCCCUCUUCCGAUCUCGCCUGUGAUUGAAUGUACCGAAUACAGGGUGAUUCGUAUCGAUGUCAUGCCAACCGGUGCAGACAACACCAUCAAACCUAUCAGCCCGUAUCAGCCCAAGCCUCCAAAUGAGUACAUUCCUGAAAGCCAGAACCUCCGAAAAGACCUCAAGCCGCUGCAUGUCAGCCAGCCUGAGGGGCCCAGCUUCACCGUCACGCCGGUAGGCGAGACUGGAAACACCCUCGAAUGGCAGAAGUGGAGUUUCUUUAUUGGAUUCAACCAGCGCGAAGGCAUGGUUCUGUACAACGUCAAGUACGACGGCCGCCCGCUCUUCUACAGAUUGUCCCUCUCGGACAUGAACGUUCCCUACUCUGACCCGCGCCACCCUUUCUUCAAGAAAACAGCUUUCGAUUUGGGCGACGCAGGAGCCGGUGCCACGGCUAACAAUCUUCAGCUUGGAUGUGAUUGCUUGGGAAGUAUUCAAUAUCUUAGCGGAGUCAUCUCCGACGACCGUGGUCAGCCGGAGGCGAAGGACAACUGCAUCUGCAUCCACGAGCAAGAUGCCGGAAUCGGCUGGAAGCACACCAACUACAGAACUGGUCGUGCCGCGGUCGUCAGAUCUCGUGAGCUGGUGCUGCAGUCCAUCAUCACAGUAUCCAACUACGAGUACAUCCUAAUGUUCCUUUUCAACCAAGCUGGCGAAGUUACAUACGAGGUCCGCGCCACUGGUAUCCUGUCUACACAGCCUAUCGAUCAUGAGUUGGACAAGGUGGGAGUUUCUUUCGGCACAGUCGUUCAUCCUGGCGUCCUUGCUGGUCACCACCAACACAUCUUUUCCUUGCGAGUCGACCCCAUGAUUGAUGGCCACACCAAUCAACUGGUUUACCAGGAGGCUCAUAGAAUGCCGAGAGAUCCUAACUGGAACCCCCACGGCAUCGGUUACGAAGUAAUUGAGAAGCCCGUAGAAAGAACGUCGGGGCUGGACCUUGACGCUGAUCUUAACAGAACCUUUAAGAUCACCAACCCCAAUUCACUCAACCCAGUCAACGGCAAGCCGGUAGCCUACAAAAUCAUGGCUCCUCCAUUCCAAAAGCUCAUGGGUGAUGAGCAUAGUUACAACCACAAGCGCGCGGAGUUUGCAGACCACAACAUUUACGUCACCACGCAUCGCGACCAUGAGCUUUACGCAGGCGGCUGGUAUACGAAUCAGUCUCGCGGAGGGACCGGUGUCAGAACUUGGUCGGAACGCAACGAGACCCUCACACCCAACUCCGAUAUCGUUGUUUGGGUGCAGUUUGGUAUCAACCAUGUGCCGAGAAUCGAAGACUUCCCGGUGAUGCCUGUUGAGAUUCUGAAAGUGCAUCUCAAGCCUGUCAACUUCUUUGAUAAGAACCCUGCCUUGGACGUGCCUCCAAGUGAACAAAAGUUCAACCAGAGCACCUUGGUAGAGUCAAAAGACGUUACGAGCAAGGCGGCUGACGGAUGUGGCUGCAACUCUCCAGUUUCUUCCAAACUGUAA